UCAUGGCGAUACGCAAUGAUCCAGACGUGGACCUGUCUAAUCCAGAGUCAAAAGCGUACUCAAGAACAGUUAGUACAAAGGCCAAAACUAAAGAGAGAGGCCACUGGUCAAGUAAAGUAGAAUUUAUCCUGGCUGUUACUGGACAAAUCAUUGGUCUAGGAAAUGUGUGGAGGUUUCCUUACUUGUGCUACAAGAAUGGAGGUGGAGUGUUCUUAAUACCAUAUUUGGUUUUCCUGUUUGCUUGUGGCAUUCCACUGUUUCUCAUGGAGAUAUCAUUGGGUCAGUACACCAGUCAGGGUAGCAUCACCUGCUGGAGGAAAAUCUGCCCUUUGUUUGAAGGCUUGGGGUAUGGAACUAUAGUGGUACUGUUGCAUUCCAGCAUCUACUACAUUAUCAUCAUGGCCUGGGCAUUCUUUUAUCUCUUUUCCUCUUUUAGUACUGAGCUACCAUGGGCUAGCUGCAGCAAUGUUUGGAACACUGAAACUUGUGUUGAAUUUGAUAAAAAGGACAAAUUUAGCAACUGGAGUAGAUCAGAAAAUGCCACUUCACCUGAACAAGAGUUUUGGGAGAAGAAAGUGCUAAAUCUUACAAGCAGUGUGGAUGAGCUGGGCCAUGUGAGGUGGGAGCUGGCUUUGUGUCUACUCUUGGCUUGGAUCAUCUGCUACUUCUGUGUGUGGAAAGGAGUGAAGUCUACUGGCAAGGUGGUCUAUUUUACUGCUACUUUUCCUUAUGUGAUGUUGAUGGUGCUGUUGGUGCGUGGACUUACAUUGCCUGGUGCCAUUGAUGGCAUCAGAUUUUACCUGUACCCAGAUCCUACACGUCUCAUGGACCCACAGGUGUGGAUGGACGCUGGAACUCAAAUUUUUUAUUCCUAUGCUCUCUGCAUGGGCUGCCUUGCUGCACUUGGAAGUUACAACAAGUACAACAAUAACUGCUACAAGGACUGUAUUUAUCUCUGCCUGUUGAACAGCACCACCAGUUUUGUUGCUGGCUUUGCCAUCUUUUCAGUGCUGGGCUUCAUGGCUUAUGAGCAGGAGACAGACAUCUCAACAGUGGCAGAGUCAGGUCCAGGGCUGGCCUUUAUUGCAUAUCCCAGAGCAGUUGCGAUGAUGCCUUUUCCACAACUAUGGGCCUUUUGUUUUUUCUUUAUGAUAGUUCUGUUGGGCUUGGACACUGAGUUUGUGGGAUUGGAGACAUUAAUGACAGCUAUAACUGAUCUCUACCCUUCCUAUUUACUCCGUGGUUAUCGACGAGAACUCGCUCUGCUCUUCAUCUGUGUUGGGUGUUUCUUCAUUGGCCUGGUUAUGGUAACAGAGGGUGGCUUAUAUAUUUUCCAGUUGUUUGAUUACUAUUGCUGCAGUGGGAUGACACUUCUAUUAUUCGCCAUUCUGCAGUCAGUGUGUAUUGGCUGGGUGUAUGGAGCUAACCGUCUGCAUGAUAAUAUUGAGGACAUGAUUGGCUAUCGACCACUGUUCUUAAUAAAGUACUCUUGGAAAUAUAUUAUUCCUCUGGUCUGCACUGGUACAUUUGUCUUCUCUCUUGUCAAAUUCACUCCUCUGAAGUUUAACAAUAUAAUUGAAUAUCCCUGGUGGGGCUACGCUAUUGGCUGGUACUUCACACUCUCUUCAACUUUAUUGGUUCCUCUUUGGAUGAUUUAUGCUCUCCUCACUUCUAGUGGCUCAUUGAGACAGAGAUUCCAUGUUCUCUGCACCCCAGACAAAAACCUUUCUCUGAACUCAAGCAGAAAAGAAAACUGUUCAACAUUUAUUGGCCUCACAGCAUUGCCACAAAGUCAAGAAGAUCCUUGAAGGAAAACCAUGGUGUACAUUUUAAGCCUUUUGUGGGUUUAUUUAUUUAACUCAGUGUACAUCAGCUUCUGAACAUAUUUUUUUACACACUGCCAUUGGUUAAGCAGUUUUAUGAAAUUUUAAAUUACACUAUGUAUUACAAGACCACAUAGGUUAUUCCACUGUUAAUCACAAGGAUUGUGUUUUGAAGUAGACUUUUAUAAUUUCUGUUAGAAUAUAAACUGGCAACUAACAAUGUAUGUUAGAAUGUAAGGGAGGGGGGCAACUGUUAGUGUUUGUCAGUGUGUCAGUAAAAUACUUCCAUUGUAUUAUUUCCUUGAACGUUUAUAGAAUAUGUGAAAGGAUCAGGGCAUUUGGCAAAUGACAUAAAAAUCUUCUCUUUUGUGAAAAAACUAGAAUAUUCAGGGACCCCAGUGUUUGUGGCACUCCAGUUCAGUUUAAAGUGGUUAUGGAAUAUUUCAUACUUGCCCUGUACUUUUUCUUUCUAAAUAUUAGAAUACCUGAAACCUACAAAGUUUUUCACCCAAACAAGAUCAGUAGCCCCUCUUUCUACUCCCUACAUCUCCCUAUCCAGAGCAGUUAACAAGUAUUUUUAGUGAAUGGUUAGUACACUUACUACAACUCCCCAGCCAGAAAUAAUCAGUUAUAAGUAAUUCAUACUGUAACAUACUCUUUUAUUAUAUGUAGAAAGUUUUUUUUUUUUUACUGUUGUGUACAAGAUGAAAUUUAUUUUUUUAUUAUAAACGUGCAGAGCUCUGUAAAAACUGUAAUCGCUGGAGCUGAGAUCAGUGUGUAAUAUUUGGCCGGGGGUUAUUUGAAUGGAUGUGAUCAUCUAAAUCUGCAUAACACAAGCUGUUACCUGCUCUGAAGAGUGAAGGCCAAGCUUGUGUCAGGGUUUGAAGGAGGGGCUGCUCGGUUGGUUUAAGCCAAACAUUUCCAGGAAUCCUAAUGUUUUUAUGCAUAUCACAUACACAUUGUGCAGUAAGCAACUACACACAUGAACAUCAGCUGCAACCAGACACCUAGUCA